AUGUUCACGAGUAUCGGUCUAGGAUGGGGCGUAGGCUCGCUUAUAUCGAGGGCGAAGCUGUCUCGCUUAAAAGCGCCUGGAACUGGGGAGGUGUGCUCAGGCCGCACCAGGCAUCCGUUUUGGGAACGGAGCAAGCGCGCUUGCGUUACGCUACGCGCCGAGGAAGCGGUGAGCGCGCCGCAUGUGAACCCAGUCACCGUAACGCGACCACAUAACGUACCAACAGCUGACGAGGAUUCCGGUCCUGACCUGUCUCGAAGUAGAAACUUUGGGUCCUCUGUAAAGCCGGUUGCGUCUAGCUCGACUGCGUUGGCGAGCGACGACUUUGGCGCUACCGCGGCGGUGCUGAGUGCGCACCCUGAGGCGACAGCAACUGUGGAGCGACCACGGAAACCAGGACGUGCGCGUCGCCAACAAGCACUUGCUCAACAAGCAAGAGAGGACGCAGAGGCCGUGAUACGGGACGUUCGUCGCGAGAUUCGCCGUCGGAACUGGCCCACAGCAGAGCGUCUGCUGCGCGCGCUCGUCGACCGUGAGCCAACGAACGGAAGAGCGUGGUUGCUACUCGCGCAGCUGUAUGCGUACCGGCUGCGGGACUUGGAAAAAGCGCGAGCCACCUUUGCAGCCGCCCUGCAGGUCAACUGUACGAAUACAAGGCUUGCGCACGCUUUUGCUAUGUUCGAAGCGCGUUGUAUGCAGAAUACUGACGCGGCUAGGUCGCUUUUAGACAAGGCACUCAAAAUAGAUCCUUCUGACGGCGUCAUAUGGCAAGCGUAUGCGUUGCUGGAGGAGCGUACCGGUCACAGCGAGCGUGCGCAGGAGUUGUUCGAGGCCGGCCUCGCUCGUGAUCCGAGGAACGUUUUUCUGCUGCAGGCUUUUGGAAUGUUUCAUCUGCGCAAUGGUGCGAGCGUGGAAGCAUGCGCGUAUUUCGAACGAGCGGUGGAGUCGAACCCGAGCCAUGUGCCAUCGUGGCAGGCGUACGGCAUUGCGCUCAGUAAACAAGGCGACUGGGAGCACGCGGCAGCCAAAUUUGAACAAGCACUCCGGUUGGAUCCGGUGUCGGUGCCGACGCUGCAGGCCUACGGCAUUGCCGAGGCCCGACAAGGUCACUACGAAAGAGCGCGUAAUCUCUUCCAGAGGGCGGCUGAGUUGUGGCCAUCGCACGUUCCCGUGUACCAUGCUUGGGCAACAAUGGAGGAUCGACUGGGAAACCACGAGGAGGCGCGGAAGGUCUUCGAGCGUGGUAUCCUCGCAGCAGGCGGCAGAGUGGAUGAUGUUCGGCGUGUCCGCUCCGAACUCGAGGGCGCAAAGAGGACGGACCCCAUGUUAAAGGCCUGGGCCGACAUGGAGCAGCGACUGGGCCACAUUAGCCCGGCACCCGAAUGGAACGUGUACCGAUCGAACCGGAGUGAUCCCGAAACGCGGGAACGGCGACGAGAGACCAUUGGGGAACGUCUGUUGAUGCUCCGGAAACUCAUCGACAGGCGGUCGGAGGAGGACCUGCGUACCGUGCUGACGUUCAUCGCAGAGCGCACUCGAAUGGAUCGGCAAGCCCGCGCGGCCAUCACCGAACGCAGCCGCGAUGAUCUCGAUCGCGUUCGACGUUGGGCCGAGCGCCGCAACGAGGAGGACGUUCGCGCGUUUCAGAAAUGGUUUGAAAAACGUUACGAAGAGGAUCGUCUCGUGGGCCAGUACGUCUUUGGAUGGAAUCUGGGACCACCACUACGCUCGACGGUAGUGAGUUCACCAUCUACAGAGAACACUGGUGGAGGUGAUAGCGCGUCCGCGGUACCCCCGGAGUGGUUGCGAGCCGCCCCAAUGCCACGCCCGCUCAGUGAAUAUGAAAAGGAACUGUAUUCGGGCGAGCGAGAGCUCCAACUAGUCCCGGCCAUGGCAUGGAUCUCCAGUUUUGCCGAAAACCUAUCAAGUAGGGCUGCCAUUAGCACGCUUCUUCUGGGCCUGAUGAUGUUUUUGUCGGUAGGAUUCGCUCAUAUUUACGAACUCGGUCGCUACGAAAUCGGCAACGUCGAGUCGACACUCUUGCAGAUUCUCUCGACACGAGUUCCCGAGGGCGUCGAUGCCGCCCUCAUCGACCUGAACCCGAGCGCAUUGGACGACAUCGCAGCAGAGCACUGGUAA